AUGCCCUCGCUACCUUCAGUUCCAGGAACGGAUCCCACAAAAUGUGUUUUGGACUCCUUCCGGAUAGCUAUUGCUCAGAAGCUUUCCAACGCACUACCAUUGACGUUGGAACAAGCAUUUUCUGGAGUUGACUACGGCAAGAAGGGUGAGGACUUUACCGUUGCGCUUCCUCGGUUCAGAAUACCGGGAAAGCUCGAGGAAACAGCUGCGAAGGUGAUAGACAGUUUCCAAUCCGACGAAUGGGUCGAGGCAGUCGUUCUUGACAAAUCUUUCCUCCACUUUCGCGUAAACACGAAGAGCAUGAUCCGUGAAGUACUCAACCAGAUCGACAGCCUCACUCGCAGCUCUCCAACUGGUGAGGCGACGUACGGAACGAACGAUUCUGGCAAGGGAAAGAAAGUUAUCAUCGAGUAUUCGUCGCCCAACAUCGCCAAGUCUUUCCACGUUGGUCAUUUGCGCAGCACCAUUAUUGGCGCAUUUCUUGCGAAUCUAUACAAGGCGUGUGGAUGGGAGGUCAUUUCGAUGAAUUACUUGGGAGAUUGGGGAACUCAGUUUGGUCUGAUCGCCACCGGUUUCGAAAAAUAUGGCUCCCAAGCCGAACUUGAGAAGGACGCCAUCAAGCACCUCUUCGAUAUCUACGUCGCCAUCAACAAGGAUGCAGAAUCCGACCCCUCCGUAAAAGCCGCCGCAGCCCAAUGGUUCAAGCGCAUGGAAGACGGCGACGAAGACGCACUCAAGAACUGGCGUGUGUGGCGGGAGAUGAGCGUGAAAAAAUACGAGAAGGAGUACGAACGGUUGAAUGUCAAAUUCGACGUGUAUACCGGCGAGAGCAAGGUCGGCAAGGAGUCGAUGGACGCUGCGUUGGAGAAGUUGGAGACGAUGGGUUUGAUUUCUGACAGCGAUGGUGCAAAGUUGGUAGAGCUCGAAAAGUGGAAACUGGGCAAGGCUGUCGUUCGCAAGAAAGACGGAACCUCGAUUUACCUCACUCGUGAUAUUGGUGGGGCCAUCGAGCGAUACGAGAAAUACAAAUUCGACAAAAUGAUCUACGUUGUCUCAUCUCAACAGGACCUCCAUCUCGCUCAAUUCUUCAAAGUCCUCGAAUUGAUGGGCUUCCCUUGGGCGAAAGACCUUGUCCAUAUCAACUACGGUCUGGUGCAGGGUAUGUCCACGCGUAAAGGCACAGUCGUCUUCUUGGACCAGAUCAUCAAGGAGGCUGGAAAUGUCAUGCACGAGCAGAUGAUGAAGAACGAGGAGAAAUACAAGGCUGUCGAAGACCCGGAAGAGACUGCAUUAGAGAUCGGUAUUACGGGUGUUAAAAUCCAGGACAUGGCCGCUAAGAGGAUCGGCAACUACACAUUUAACUGGGACCGUAUGAAGUCCUUCGAAGGCGACACUGGCCCAUAUCUCCAAUACGCACACGUCCGCCUUGCAUCCAUCGCGCGCAAAAACCCCACCCUGACCCCGCUCCCACCCUCAUCCGAAAUCCAAACCGAGCUGCUCGCGCAAUACGCACAUGCGCGCGACAUUGCCUUCCUCCUGGGCACUUACCCCGACGUCGUCAAGGUGGCGAUGAAGACACAGGAGCCGAGCGGGGUGGUGACAUUUGCGUUCCGCCUCGCACACGCGAUUAGCAGCGCCUGGGACUCGGUGAUCGUGAAGGGUGAAGAAGACCUGGAAAAGGCACGCGCGAAACUGUAUCUGUACGAGUGUGCGCGUGAAGUCUUGGGUGCGGCCAUGAGGUUGUUGAGUUUGAGGCCUUUAGAGAGGAUGUAG